GGCUGGUGUUUCUUUUUCCCUUUGUUUAUAAUUCGUGUUUGUACGUGAGUGUAUGUGGUGGAAUUCGGUUUACCUCAUCGUCAACGUUUGACCUCAUCUGUAAACAGAUAUUGUACCACUUCUACGUUCUUCUACGUGCCUCACCGCACGCACGAACACACACACACACUCACGUACGCACAGAGAGGUAGCGAGAGACGUUGCAUAGGCAGUACACGAGAGCGACGUUGAUCCCUGCCUUCCUUCGCUGUGUUCGUUGUGCGUGGGAGUGCGUGUACGUGCACGCCUUUGGUGUAGUGCGUCACGCCGGUAUCAUCAUCACUGUUUUCAUUACUGUUGUUAUUCUUCAAUCUAUUUAUAUAUUUAUUUCUUUUAUUUACAUCGGUCAGUAGCACACGAGCACGAGUAGCAGGCAGCACAUCUUCUCCCGCUACAACUAGAUUUUUUUCUCUCUCGUUAAGAAGCACCGCGCUUCACAACGGCAAUACCUCUCUCUCUCUCUGUGUGUGUGUGUGUCUUUCAGUGGUCGUUGCGGUGGGUAUUCCACGCUCUUCUUUCGAAUUCCCUCCUGCAGCUUUCUGCAAGAUGGCGCGAAGGGCGUCCGAUGCGGCCUGGGCAUUUAACACGCAAGAUGAUGACGCACGCGAUGAGACCGCACCGAAUACAUUGGAAAACGCGGAGGACCUGCUGGUGACGAUGAGGAACGCACGUGCUUACGCGGCAACGCCGGGUUUGGAAGGUCCGUUGCUGUCUGCAGAGACCCACCGCGGCGAGGAGGCGUUGGACAGUGGGGCACUGCUCGCGGGGAGCACUCCUGCAAACACGCCUCAGACCCUCACGGCGUCGCCCGCUCGCUCCGUUUCCUCCGCGCGAUUGUCCUCUCCAGGGAAUGCAUCAGCCAAGGAGCGAAAGAAAAAGACGGUGACGGAGCACGUCGUACCGUCCUCUUCUGCGCACCUCACCUCGGAGGAAGGCAUGCAGAAACUUUUUCUGAUGAGCGCACCCGCGCUCGAAACCAGUGAGCCAUCGUCUGCGUCUCUACGCGCAGAAACUGCAGCAUCGCGAGCAGCAGCAGCAGCAACAGACACGAAGGGGGAGGACGACGGCAGCAGCAGUGCGGACAUGGCCGCGGUGACGCUCUCGACGCCGCUGCGUGAGCUGGUGCGUGGCGCGGCCCUUCGCGAGGACGCCGACGCCCCGCUUUUAAACAUUCCGGAGGACUUCACCCGAAGAACCGCCGCAGGUGCGGCGCGUGGGGAGGCGACGAGGAUGGAGGGCAGUGGCAGCCGGCCGUACACCGGCAGUCAUCGCAGCGACGCGACCAUCAGGCCGGUGUGCACGCGCAACACAGCGGCAACGGAAGCAGCGAUGAGGACGGCGGAUAUUACGUCGCUGUUGGAGGCCACUCGUGCCGUGGCGGCCACGCUGAUGGUGGACCCGGACGCACCCCGUCCAAGCCGUGCUCACAUGCUAAAACAGAUAACACACGCCACCACCACCACCACAGUAGCAGCCACAGCAGCACCACCAGCGCCGUCGACGGCAGCAACCGCGGCGAAGAAACCCGCGGAGACGUCGACGAAGAGAAGACGCGAAACAGCGCGAAAAGAUAUCACCACGAGGCCCACCGCCACCGUCGAGGGAGACGAGUUAAGGCUCUUUCCACCUUCCCCUUUCGCUCCCUCUCGAAACGACGCCGCAGCAUCGCAGGUUGACGCCAACGCGGUGACGUCCUCCUCUCCGGCGUCUGCCCUCCAAGCGGAAAGUGCAGCUGUGUCUGUCGUGGCGUCUCACACCCCGACCGCCGCGCCGCCCGUGGCGCCACGUUCCGCCUCUCGCAUGAGAUCGCUGACGCUUGCGGUGGCGAACUCCCUCUUGUCGGCCGGCGCCUCCGCCGCGGCUGUGAGCUCCGACGGCACGGCCGUGACAAGCCUCCCACCACCGGUCCCGCCUCAACACGCACACGUGAAGCAAGCUCCCAGCAACAGCAGCACCGGUUCGCGUCAGUCGGGAGGCACCCCGUCGUUUUUCACGCCGCACUCUCCGCUGAGCCCUAGCCUGGCGUGGCCGCCUGAGCGUAGCUUCGCGCCGUUUUCCAGCGGUAGUCCACUGGAGGCGACGAAUAACUCGCUCAUACGCGGACAGGACUCACCGGAGCGUCGCCCCUCCACGAGCAGUCGGCUUCCAGUGCAACAGCCGCAACAACAUUAUGCGUCCUUGUCGCACAUGGACCGCGACCGCCCGAUACCGCGCACAGCGAGUGCGCUGUCCAGCGGCGAGCGUACCGACGCCCCGCUUCACUUUGAGGACCUCCUUGACGGCAAUACGGUCACCUCCUUCGAUGAGGAGAUGGCGCGCGAGUACGCGGCGGAGGCAGCCACCGAGGGGAACGACGAGGAAGACGAGGAAGACGAGGAAUACGACGCCUUAAGAGAGGAGGGCAGCGUGCGGGAGCGGAUCCGCCGCCGUGGCAGCAACGCACGGCGCAACCUCAGCAUCUCCUCCCGCGGCAGCCGCCUCGCCCGCAGCCGCGGUGGCGGUGGCCAUUUAGUGCCCGUGGCGCCGCCGUCGGACCUCCCGCACGACAGCCUGCACAGCGCGGAGAUGCCCGACUUUUCGUUUGAGAGCGGCGACGCGGCAGUCAGCUCGGCAGCGACAGCGGCAGCGGCAGCGCUCAUCGCCGCGUGGCGGGUGCGGUCUCUGCAGUCCGGGCGCUCCUCGACCCCCUCGCAGCCUGGUACAGUGGACUCCGCCUCUACGUCCACAUCUUCGCAGCCGCUUCAAUUGUUAGCCGCUGCCGGGUCGACAACACCGAUUGGAUCGGCUGUUAUGAUGGUCGGCAGCGGUUGUGGAGGUGGAUCAGCCAGCCUUUCACCGUUGUGGGGCCGCACCUCUGAAUCCGCAGCAGCAGCAACAGCAGCUCCGUUGCCUCGCCCACUGCGUGAAGAGGGUCAACGCCUGCUUGCACGGGCGGCGGAGCAGCAGCGUCCCCCUUCCGGUCUGCACGCCUUCCGACCACCGGCACCGCCACACGGAACCAAAGCGGGAGAGAAGGGCGACGGCAGCAGCAGCCGUCAUCCUCCACCUCCGCCUCCUCCGCCUGGCGGUCGCAGCGCGUUUUGUAGAGAAAUCCGCGAUGUGCUGGACAGUUCUUUGAGUGCGCCGGAGAUGCCGGAGGUGCUGCCGUCCGCCACGCCGCGCUCGGCGACGGAGCCGACGAGUUGCAUCGCAACCGCUUCGAACACGCCGGUCACGAUGCUGAGCCGCACUGUCGGCGGCGGCGGCGCCGCAGGAAGGAGAGGCGGUGGGCAAAGUGGUGUGAAGGACGUGGAACACCUCUUGCCGAGUUCGGCCGCCUCCCAUCUUCUUCAGCAACAAGCAACCCCGCUUGUCUCGGCGAGCACCCUCGCAGCUGCCGUGCCGGCAACGACGCACCCCUCCACGGCGCGUGCGCAGAGUGGCACCGCUCCCACGUCCGCGUCGCCGCUGCUGCACGUUGGCUGCCGUCCCCCACGCACUGGUCCGUGGGCGACGGGUAAGGUGGUCCGCCCGCCUCCGCUGUUACUCACGCAGCGAUCGUCGGCGAGUUCCACCGUCCGUACCGUCUCUGGUGCCGAGUCUCCACACGCCGAAAACUCUCCUGAGGUGCCUCAACACGACAGUGACACUGCGACGCGGAUGAGCGCGACGGCUGCGCUGCCCAACAAUCCAUCCUCGACUGCCCCACCAACACACGGGGCAGGGCAUCCAAGGCCAGAGCACUCAGUAGAACAAUCUUUGUUGGCUUCUUCAGGCGACUCCGCAGUGGAGGUGACGACAACGGCGACUGCCGAUGCCACUGCUGCUGCUGCUGCUGCUGAGGUGAAAGUGAAGCCGCCAAGAGCUCUCUUUGCUUCUUCACUUACGCGGCCAUCACCGGACACCGUGUUCAUACCGGAGGGGCGGCCCCUCGGCGACGGGAUGGUGCAACCCAGCUCAUCUGGGCUGUGCGACACAGGUCUCGUCUCCCCGUCCACGGCGGUGGAGAACGGAGGGGAGAGCCAGCUACUAGAGGACAGUCUACCCAGUCGCAGCAGCGAAGGCGCUGAAGAGCUGUCUUUGUUGUCGCCCUCCUCGCGGCUAUCGGCACCGACGUCUUUGCUGGAUCGGCAGGACGUGUUGACGUCGCCGGUGUCGGUUACCACCACCGCCUCCCCCAGCUCGGUGCUGCCUAGCAUGGUCGUUCCACUCGCUCCGCUGAAAACCCAUGACGGCGCGGGGCGACACAAGGCAAAGGAGACCUCCGCAGCAGCGCAUCUGACUCGCUCGUCAAGUGCGGUGUGUGAACGCGCCUCCCACGCGUCUCUGCCGCGGAGCCGCAGUGCAGACGACGCGCUGGCCGGGCAGACUUUCGAGUUGGCGGUCGCAGCGGCGCAGCCCGCAACUGGGCGAGACGGUGUUCCUCCUGACGCUGUAGGCGCAAAGGCUGUGAAGGUCGCGAGCAGCGCCGAGGUGGGCGAAACGACGUCCUCCGAGAACGACAAAGGCAACAACGCAAAGACACGAUCGUCAAAGCGGCACUUCCGAUUGCUGUGGAUUCUCCUGCCGUACGGCGUCUUUGUCGCGAUGCUCGCGGUCGGCAUGUUUGUCGCUACGCACGUGGUCGCGCAGGAAACGGUGUCACACACGUGGAGCGAGCUGCACACGUACAUGCGCGACGAGCUUGUCGCUUUCAUGGAGGAGGUCACUUUGCUGCCCGUGAUGUCGGGAGAGAUGUUGACGAGUCAGCGGACACGCAACGCUGCCCACCCGCGGCCAACCGACCCACGACGGCCGCCGAUCGUCAACGUUUCUCGUGGCCUUUGCGCCGCGUUGAAGUACACGGAUCUAGGAAAGCUGAUGGUGACCUUGACGUACGUCUCCCUCAGCAGUGCAGACGCGACGAACAACACAGCGGGCGGUGCUGCAACUCUGCAGCCACACGCUCGACGGACGGAGCUGGAGGGGGAUGCAGAUCCAAAGGAACUAACUUUACGGACGCGGCGGAGCGAAACGGACGGGUCGGGCAGCGACGCAGGGGCCAGCGAGGUGGAAUGGCGGACCGCCUUUGCGUUCUGCGAUGCGAGCUACUCCGCCGACUACUUUUUGGCGGGCGCACGCGAGGCGGUGCGGGCACGUCAGCGCGACGAAGGUGAACUCAACAAAGCAGCUGACUUCUACUCCAUCAACAUGUUGACGAUGGACGUCGUGCAGCCGCCUGUCAAAAUGAGAAUCGCACGGUCUCCCCCGCACUUCGACGGCAACGCCGCCGCACGCGUCGCGCACGUGCUACCGAUCGUGCAGGCGUGGAAAGCCGCCGUGGAGAGAAACGACGGGUCGGAGUCGAGUGUGGAGCGGUGGUUGAUAUCGUCGCCUGGACCUCUUGCGAGUCCACAUCUGACGUACGUCCACCCGUUCUACGAGUACGGGCGAGCGGAGCCGUCCGCCGUGUGGUGUCGCAUGAAAGCAGCGGCGCUGCUGCGUAGUUAUGUGAAGCACCAGCAGCUGCAGCACGCGCACUCCCCUUCCUCCAUUACGGCGAAGGUGAUGCUGCUCGUGCCGCGUCGUCAGCAGCCGCCCCCGCAGCUCGGCGGUGUGCGUGACAGGGUGCUGCGUGGGGUGUCGGACGCACCGAUAACUGAAGCGGACAUCAUCGCGCGCAGUUGGGCACUGGAUACUGGGCGAGAAGUGCGAAGAAGUUCUGGCGCAUCUCCGGUUACGCCUACGCAUACAACGGACCCCAGUCCAAACACGACUCCCGCUGCACCACCAAGAGCACUCGACGAAUGUGCGGAGAACAUCACCGACCGCGGCCACGCACCGGCAGCGCUGUCGUCGGAGCUGCGCAGCUUGAGAUGCGAAGGCGAAGACGCAGAACACACUGCCACGUCGUCACUAUCAGCAGCGGCAGCAGACGGUGCUGAUGGGGGGGUGUCGGACCACCCAGGAUGGCUGCCAUGGCUCGUGCACGAUGCAUCGCCGCUGGCGGGGCCCCGCCUCGACGAUGUCGGCGAUGCCCUAAUGCAGGCCGCGUUGGGCGUCGUGAACGUGUCAGCCUACGCGGCGGAGAUGUACGAGCGGCGUGGCGCACCGUUUAGCCCGGGAACGGCGGUGGCGAGCGAUGUCCCUCCGCACACGACCGCACGUCACAGCGAAGGGGGAUCGCUGCAGGGUGCGGGGCAGCGCACCGUAAUGCCUGCUGUAUUCCGUGAGUUUUACUUUGCUGGGCAGCGCGCUGCGGUGAGCGUGGCUGCGGUGCAGCUGCAGUCGAACUUCUCUGUGAUGAUGGUCGUCGUCACCCCGCUCUCUGCUGCCGAGGGAGGCCGCUGCGAAACGAUGCAGCGCUAUCUCACCGUCAUCGCGGUGGCCGUGGCGGUGAUGUGUUCCACGUUUCUAGUCUUCUUUGUGCUGACCUGCUACGUGCAGCUGCCUCUCAUUUCGAUUCAGCAGGAACUGGAGCAGAUGGUGGUGCUGCACAAGCGCAAGGCUGCGGCGCCGCCGUUGUCGUUGACCGCCGACGAGGUCGUGAAUGUCUCCCCGCUGAGCUUAAGUGGCGUGGCGAAGCAGGAUGCGGCGAUGGCGGAGUCGGCGUCGAAGUCGGGCGAAGGCCGGCAAAAUGAAGAAGGAGGUGUGGAAAAGACGAAGGAUCAUCGUGCCGCGGCAGAGAGCAACGACACGCGGGUGGUGGAAGAGCGUGUCCGCAACACCGCGGCUCUUCCUGCAGAGGACCCAGCAAGGAGGCAACCCGCACUGGACAGGGCAAUGACCGAGUCCUCAGGAGUGUACGGUCCAGAGCGUACUAUUUCCUCUUUCCCUCGACGAUUGCGCCUGCGCCUCCUCCCCUACGCUCACCGGCUCCUUCACUGUCUUACCCAGCUACGUCUUUCGGAGAUGGCGGAGCUGCAGGAUGUGAGCGCGGCGCUGCGCCAGCAUGUGCACGAGAUACAGCAAUACAUUCCCACGCGCUACACCUUCGACGACUCCGCUACGGCGCUGCUGCCGUCGUCUUCAUCGCCCCUUACGGGGAAGUCUUCUAAUGCCACUACUACGACUACGACUACUACGAUGACGGCGGCGGCGGUAGGGAACACCGCGCAUCCUCGCUCAUCGCCCACCUUGCCGACUCUCGCUGGACGCACCAGAGCGGCCCCUCGCAGCGCAGCAGCGACAGCGCCGUCACGGCGCUCGUUGAGCCCACCCGUUCACGCGCAACCAGAACCGGAACUUUUCCGCAGCAGCAGUGCUGCACCGGCUGACCAAGCCAUCGCCGUCAACGCGAAAGACAGUCGCACGGACAGCAGCAGCAAUGACGGCAGCGGCGGAGGGGUCAGUGGUGGGAGUGCGCUGGACUCGCGUCUCUCCGCCACUGUGCGGAUAGCUGAGACGCAUGGACGUCUUGGCAUCCUCGGAGACUUCAGUCAGUCCUAUACCUUGCUGCAUCCUCAAGUCAGCGUCGGUGGGUCGGGAACGGUACCGGCUGCGAGGAGCACCGCAGGAGAGCCGCCGCCGUCGGCCAAGUCCGUCUCCCAUCCGCGGGGUUACUCAGAGGGCUCCAACACCACUCAGACCCACGAAAGGCGUUUGCAAGCGGACUCGUCCACAACGACAGAGAAUACGAAUGCCGCAGUGACCUUGCGUUCGUCCCGAAGCACCGCACGCGCCAGCCACAGUACGGGUUCAUCUCUAGAUCACACAACGCAAGAAAGGGAAGCAACCCAGCCCGACGCGGCAGCCGCAUCGAUGGCUGCGUUGUACGAACAGUCUGUUCCAACGGCGUGCGGCAACAGCCACGCAGGUCCUCCAAGUGACCCGGUAGACGUGCCCCACGCAGCGGCGCACGGGAAGGAGAGGCCGCAGGAGAAGCCGUGCUUAGCCCCAUCACCGACACCGGCAGAAGAGGAAGGCACGCGAGAGCACGGUGGCACAGAAUCUGCCACAAGGGAACGCGUUGGCCCAUCUGCAUCAGCGAACACGGACGAUAGCCACAGAAAGAAAAGCAGUGGAAAUAACCUUCCACGUCCUCCCAUGGUGCAGCUACCGAAUGUGCUUUCCACGUCUUCGCCACCGCAAGCGCUGUUGAGCGUCACGACGCCCGACGUCAGCGCCACAAAUUCAGAAACGGAGAACGCCACUUCUAUCCCCGCGUCGAGUCACCUCAGCGCCGUCGAGGAACAGGCCGCCGAGAGCUCUGACUAUCACGAUCCUGCAGCCUAUCACGUCAGCUCCCCCCACAUCAAGCGGGAUGCGCGGACCUGGACGCCAAACAGCUUUUCCAAGUGCCUCUGCUCCUUGCUGUGCAUUCACGUGCAUAUCGAGGACAACACCGACGUGCACGCGCAGUUCCCCGAGAUCGUAGAGACGGUGAUGGAGUGCGUGUACCGCUAUGGCGGCAUCUUCGACGUCCUCGUGCCGGAGAUGAUGUACGUCAGCUUUGGCUCCCGUGUCCAGACGAAGGACCACGCCUUGCUUGCCACGCGGUGUGGCAUCGAGAUUUUUAGCCGCCUCUCCACCCGUGCGCUGCGUUACAUGACGUUUGUGGUGGACACGGGUGUGUACACCGUCGGGGUGUGCGGGGUGCCGGAGCACAAGGAGUUCGUCCUCUUCGGGCGACCGUCGAGCGAGAUUUUCUUUGAGCAGCAGCUCCAGUCUGGCUUCCGCUUCCUGGUCACCGACUCGGCGGUUCCGCUGAUCCGCCAGCACUUCCGAAUGCUGCCCAUCGACGUCAUGACGGUGGUGGAGGAAACGGGGCAGCCAAACAUCGUCCUCUACGUCGUGAUGGUCGGCUCGGUGCACGAGCCGUGGUGGGAGGACUUCAGUCAGCUGGCGCACGAGGCUUUUCUGAACUUUAUUCGCGGCAACUUCGAAGCCGCGUGCCCGCUCUAUGAGCGGCUUCUCCACUCCUCGUCCGUGACUCUGACGAUCCUCUUUCAAUACCUCCUGGUGCAUGAGCGCGUCCUCACCGAGAACAAAGCCGGUCUCUCGCCGACCGAGCUGGCCCGGCAGCUGGAUGAGCUGACGGUUACGUGCGUGAACGAGCUGUCUCGCGAGCGCGACCCCAUGGUGGAGCCCUUCGGUGCCGCGAUGCCGUGGCUCGUCUGCCGACCCGAGCUGCACCGCCACUUCUCCGACGAGGACGGAGAUGACGAGGCGCCGAAAUCGAUCACAAGUGCGACCAGCUCCAGCGGCAACGGCACCGCCAGACGUAGACGAGGCAGGAGGGUGUUUGCGUCCCUCACCUCGCCGAUGCGGGCGGGCGCGUCGGCCACACAGCAGCGGCUGCGUCAAUCGAGGGCUGCCGGCCUCACGACCGCAACAACAUCCUCCGUGUCCAUGGUGUCGCCGAGCACACGCGGACCUAGCACGUUUGCCUCGUUAUGCGAGCGCACGCCGACUACAUCAAAGAGUGGCAGAUCGGUGAGCGCCACAACGGCGACUGAGUCCAGCGUGGCGGAGGCGGCGAUGGCUGCUCCUGUGGCUCCUGCGACCGACACCUCUGUGGAGAGUGCAACGCAACGCCGCAACCGCAGUCUUUACAAGAAAGACUCGAAAGUAGAGGACUGCGUGGAUGAUGAGAUGGUGAAGGUUGCGCUGGGGGACGGUGAGGAUGAUGAUCGCAUUGUGGGGCCCAAGGCAGACUUCAACGGCAUCGCGUUGCGGGUGCUGGACCUGUCGAAGCAGCUCUGGCAGCUGUCCAACACCCCCAUCGGCGGUGCGGCCGCCGUCGCGCGUAUCGACACCUCGCUCUCCUUCGUCGGUAUUUCCUCCAACGGAGCGAUGGCGGAGAUUCAGGUGUAUGCGGUGAAGGUGGCCCCGCAGACGGUGUCGACGUGGAGCUGCCCCUCCUUGCUGCCGCCGCGGCCCGGUGGUGUGCAAGGGGGGGAAUGCACGCUGCAGUCGACGUCGGUGUCCCCGCCAGCGGCCGAGGCACCGACCACGACAGCAGCAGCGGGCGACGGCGCCAGGAAAGCAUCCACCGACGCGGUGCCCGCGUCAGCCGUGGUGUCGCUGCGGGAGAAGGAGUCCCUCCACCGCAUCGCGUUUGCCCUGCCGUCGCAGGUGCGCGCCCGACAGGAGGACGCACCGCAUGCCGCGAGUCCGUUCUCCUCGCCCAAUUCCCCCGACCGUGGCGACUGCCCACGACGCGCUCGCGAAGAGAUGGACGGCGACGAGGCUGGAGAAGGUGAAGAGAGCCGCCAGAGCGCCGCCGCAAGCGCAGCGCUGCGUUCUCGCUCUGCUGAUCUGUCCCUCACGGCGGGGACCAACGAGGCGCAGCAGGUGGAAUCGGAUACAACGGAUCCCACAGAGCCGGCUGCUCGUGGAGGAGGAGGGGGGGGAGGAGAGAAGGGGGAGGAAGCGCACAGCACGUCGGUGAACGUGGACCUGGCGGCGAUGGACGCCGUGGCCCGCUGCUACUGCGAGGGCAACACGGUCCAGCUCCUCUCCAUGGCCGUCACCCCGACACACGUCUACACCAUCAUGGAGUGGGUCGCCGAGCAGACCCUGCGCAAAACGGUGAGCCGAUUUGGUAGCCGUCUCGCGCUGGCCUCGACGCGGAAGUGCUGCGUCGCCGCUCUGCGUGCACUGGAUCACCUCCACAACUCCCGCGGCGUCGUGCACGGUCGCGUGCAUCCGGACAACAUCCUCUUCGGGGUGGAGGGCAACUGCAAGAUCACAGGGAUGCUCUACCUGUAUGAGUGGGCCCUGCCAGACCCCGCCUUGUACGCGACGCUGACGCGGGUGGCGGCGGCGUACUGCAGUCCAGAGGUGAACGCGGGCGAGGCGCCGACGCCGGAGUCGGACAUUUACUCUUUCGGUCUUCUGCUGUUGCAGAUGCUGGCGGGGGAGCUUCCCUGGACGUGGACUGGCACCACGCCACAACAGCCACAGCAGCCGCAGCAACAGCGCUCGGACACGAGUGGACCGGAGCUACGUUGGAUACUGCAGGACAACAAGACUUUUAUCGAGGCCGUCAACGGAGGCGAGAUAGAACUGCGGCAGUACGGACGUGAGAGAAAUCAGUAUAACGUGUCGAUGGAGGCCGCGCUGCGGCGGCAGCUGGAUCACGUGGGUUGGCCCCGCAAGACGGCUGCGACGACGGCACGCAGGAAAGCGACAGCUGGACCAAACAAAGGCAGUUUGGGAAGGGAAGAGCAGGCAACGGACCCGGUGAUGUUGCGUGUGCUGGAGAGCUGCCUGGCUUAUGAGCCGUCGCAGCGCAAAGGAGCGGCGGAGUUGCUGAAGCUGCUGUGCGAGAUGUAA